UAAAUUUUUAGUUUUUCUUAUCCAAAUGUUAUUUAUAACUGAUAUAAAUCAUUUUAAAACACAUUGAUUUUUUCGGAUUAUUCAAUUAAAAACGGUACAUUUAAAGUAAUUAGUCCCUUCUUAUUACAUCAUCAAAAACGGUACAUUCAUUUUUUGUAUUUUUUUUAAACAACAUUUUCAAUGUUUUCAAUAUUUCAACGAACUAUUCAUUUAAAACAAUCUAUUCAUUUAGUUAUAUUUUGUUUUUUCUUAUAUAAAUUAACAGAAACAAUUUUACAAUAUGGUACACGUAUUGAAAUAUAUAAAAUUAUUUGUUUAUCAUUUAUAAAUUCAACAAAAAUAGAAAAAAAUAUUUGUUCCGGUGAAAAUGACAAUAUUGAUGUUGAUUAUGAUCAUGAUGAUGCUGUAAAACAUUCUAUAAAUGAUCAAUUAUUACCUAAAAUUCAAAGAUUAUCUGGAUAUUAUUUAUUAACCUAUCGUAUAUUGUUAAAUUUACCAGCUACAAUAGCUUGUUUUGUCUAUGGUAUAUGUUCAAAUAAAUAUGGUCAUAAAAUAUCAAUGUUAAUACCAUGUUUAGGUGCAGUUAUUGCAUGUACAUUAUUUUCUUUAAGUAUAUUACCAAAUAAUAAUAUAAUUCAUUAUUCUGUUAUAUAUAUUUUAAUUGGUGGAUUUAUUUAUGGUAUAUGCGGUAAAAGUAGUGCAAUUACAAUGGGAGCUAAUAGUUAUAUAACUGAUAUGACUAAUAUAGAUAAUCGUACAUGUAUGCUUGGUCGAUUAUUAGGUAUAAAUUGUCUUGGUUUAUCUAUUGGAACAUUAUGUCUUGGUUUAUUUUUAACAUUUUUAAAUUAUUCUAAUUCAAUUAUAUUUUGUGCAUUAAGUAAUUUAUUUAUUGUUUUAAUUUUAUUAUUUUUUGUGGUUGAUUCAAAAUCUGUUGAGAAUACACCUAUAUUACAUAAUAAUGAUAAUAAUAAUAAUAAUAAUAGAUCAAUUCACCUUACAGUACCUUGUACUAGAUCCAUGACAACAUCAAAUAAUCAUACCAUGAAACUAUAUGACUUUAUUCAAACAACAAUCAUUGAACAAUUUUAUCAAUCAUAUAAAUUUUUAUUUCCAAAAAAUUUAAAUGAAAAACAUAAAUUAUUAUUAAUUUUAUUAUUUACAGUAUUAUUUAAUCAAAUGACAAAAUCUGGUGAACAAGAUAUUAUAUUAUUAUAUUUACGUAAUGAACCAACAUUAUGGACUAGUCAAUUAUAUAGUUAUUAUUUAACAUGUUACUAUGGUUGUAUGUUUAUACAUUUAACAUUGAUACUACCAAUAAUUGAACAAAAAUUUACAUUUCAUGAUACAACUUUUAUUUUAAUUGGUUUAUUAUUAAAAAUUAUACGUUUAUUAUUAUUUAGUAUAACUAAACAUAAAGGAUGGUUAUUUUUUGGUGCAAUUAUUGGAUCAGCAGCUGGUUAUAUAACAUCAUCAACACGUUCUAUUAUAAGUAAAUUAAUUUAUAAAACAGAAAUUAGUUCAUCAUUUGCAUUAAUAUCAAUAUUUGAAACGAUAGCAAAUUUAUUUGGUGGUUUAUUAUUUACUAUAAUUUAUAAUUAUACAAUAACAUUUAUGGCAUCAUUUAUUUUUAUAUUAGAUGCAUUAUUACAUGUAUUAAUUAUGAUUUUAUUUAUAUGGUUACGUUUUAAAUUAAUUUUAUUUGAGAAAACUAUAAAUUAUGGAGAAAAUAAUCAAUAUUAUUAAAAACAAGACAUAAUAUAAGAGAAUAAAUAGAAAAAGAAAGAUUGAUGUAUAUUAUUGUAAUUGUGUAAUGAAAACAAUAAAAAAAAAUUAUAGAUUCACUUUUGUAUUGUUUGUUUAGAUCUUCUCAUUGAAAAAUUAUGAUAUACAUUAAGGAAAUUACUAAACUUGAAAUCCUGAUGGGAAGCGGAAAAGAGGAAGACCA